UUACCAUGGUUGCCGAUCCUUCCUACCGCCUUCACAGAUCUAUAUCCGUCUUCUACCUUCCGGAUCUUUCCCCCUGCGUCCUUAUCUUCGAAAUUUCAGAUGAGCAUCCAAACCUUCCGUUCUCUUUCUUCCUUCGGAGGUGCUAGAGAAGGUUUCGUCUGGUGCGUCUUCUUCAACCUCCUGACCCCAGCCCUGCACGAUUGGGGGCAGUGGUUCGGUUUAGAAUCUAUAUGGUCGGUUUAUUCCACUCCCCAAAGUCGAUUUUCGGACUCCAUCACCGCCAUCAGCCACAGCCAUAGACGGUUUAUUCCACUCCCCAAAGUCGAUUUUCGGACUCCAUCACCGCCAUCUUCUCAUCUUCGACACCGUCUUCAGGGAAGAGACGAAGGGGUAGACCUCCCGGUUGUGGAAAUAAAUAACAGCUUGAUGCUUCAUGUAGUUGUUGGUGCUGGCCCUUUUCCUUCUCUGCUAUCUCCAAAGAUUUUUUCCUCGAGCUUUAGAGCAAAAGCAAUUGCCUUAUCACCUAAAAUGCAUUGGAUAUCAAACAUUGUAGUCGGGUUGUAUUUCUUGAGUGUGGUGACUAAAUUUGGGAUAAGAAAAGUGUACAUGGGAUAUUUCACCUCCUAUGUUGUCAUACUAAAAAUUAUAAUGUUUAUGAUAUGUUACCAUAUCGGCUACAGAACCCAAUUUCAUGAGGCACCGAUUCAUCUAUUUUCUUCUCCUAUACUCCUAAUUUCACCAGAUCUUCAUCUUAUAAAACAGUCGCUAUAUGGUUCUUCAAGAAAUGUUGAUGAAGCCACAAAACGACUUGUAGAGGUUACUGAACAAUGCUUAGAGAGAGGUAUUUCUGUUUGCAAAGAUGUUUCUCCAUUGAUGACACGUGUGCGUUGCUAUUACAACAGAUUUCGACACAUGGGCAACAACAGAUAUUGUUCGAUGCCUAAUCUUCAACUAAGAAUCAGGACUUAUGGAAUCUAAGAAAGCCGACAAUUGAACUUAUUAACAUACUCUAGCCAAUGUUAUACUUAGACAACACUUAAUGAGGAAAAAACCAUGAAGUAUUUGAUCCGUGGAAUCCGGCUCUUCGGUUCGAUCCCAUCAACCAAAGGAUAAACCCAUGAAGUAUAUAUUUCGAUAAAUAGCUUAUCCGACAACAAAAAAAUUAUCCAUGACGAAAUAAUAUUACUGCUCCAUAACAAUGCUCAAACUAUAAACAGAUAGUUGAUCAAACAACAUUUAGAACAAACAACGGAAAAAAUUGUCGCAUCCGACCCCCGCAACGCGGGGCUCCCCAUCUAGUAUACAUUAUUAUAGUUUGUGAAUUAUUUUCAGGAAUAAUCAUACACGAAUAUAGCUAUAAUCAUACAUGAAAAUUACUCAAAUAUUUCUAAUUGUUUGCCAUUUGUUUUUUACAGGUAUGAAUGUAAGAAUAACAAAGAUCACAUGUGCCUUUGUUUUUGGGUGUGAUGGUAGCAUCAAGAUUAACGAUCAUGAGCGCAACAUCGUUUUUUAUGAUUAUAAAUGUAUUAGAUAUUUUUUUAUCUGUUUCAUUCUUUAGUGAUUUCAACUAAUUUUUUUAACUUCCCAUUGUUCUUUAUUCAUUUGCGAUUACACAUGUAUUCAUUUUUUUUUA